UGUGCAAAGUCGGGCUUCAGUUCUUCUUGACGAUGCUGUCUAUUAGCCUUACUGCUGAUGUCAGUUAGUCUUAAACAAUUAAUUUCUCUUUACACUCUAUUCUGGGAAAUGUUUUCAUGCAUAUUAAGUAACAGAAAGCGACUUAUUGUCAAUCAGGAGGAGGAGAAGGGAAAUUUCCCUUCGGUACAAUUGCUUCAAUAAAUACAUGAAUUGUUCGAACCGAUUCAGUCGUGCAGAAGCAUCCACUGCCUCGACACUCAAGCGAGCCAGGACAUAAUGGCGUAUCAUGGCAGAAACCCAGGGAACGUGCCUCCGCACAACCCCAAUUAUGGAAGUAAUCCCGCACGACACCACCAGGAUGGUUAUCCGGAGGGACGUAACUGGGUAGGUAAAACCGAAGGAAAUCGACACGGAGGUCAUAGAGAGGAUCGCCCCCACGGGGGUACUCACGCGGGACAUCAACGUAGGGAUCAUCACCAUGGAGUUGAUCCCGUCGGUCAUGGAUACGGAGGUCAUCCUGGGGGAUAUCACCGCGAAGGUAAUCCAGGGAGGCCUCGACCCGGAGGGUACCUUCCAGGACAUGAUCACGGAGGGUAUCCUGCAGGACAUUAUCAUGAAGAAAGUGACGCAAGGACAAUCUAUGAUCAAGAAAUGCAGACUCAGGCCCAGGAGCAGAUUCAGAAGCAACGCACGUUGCAAGCAAGCGCACAGAUGUUGUAUGACGGUUAUGAAAACACCAUGGGUAUGAUUGAGGAACUGGAGAAACACGAAGGGCACAAUAUGUCUGCUGGGUUUUCAGGAUUGAUGACUCACAUCAUCCCAAAGGGAACCAAGAAACCCAAACGUGAU